AAGACUGAGAAAUGGUGGAGUACAGGCGAGUUCUGUGGAAGGGUCAUGAGGACUCGAAACGUCAACUUUUCUCUUCUUCACCGAUGCUGCCAGACUUGCUGAAUUUUUUCAGGGCAGAGGAUUGACGGAUGGGAAACUCAAACGAAACAUCACAUCAAGAUCUGACAGAGUUAUUUGAUUCAUCAGGGCCUGAAUAUCAUCAAACUUUUAAUGUGAAAGGCUCAUGAGGACUCGAAACGUCAACUGUGUUCUCUGCCGAUGCUGCCAGACCUGCUGAGUUUUUCCAGGGUAUUAGGAGGAGAGGAUUUGCAGUCAGGCAACUCAAACCAAGCAUCACAUCAGAAUCUGACAGUCACCCAACUUACCAUAACCUGAAUACCAUUGGAUUUUGAACAUGGAAGGAAAAAGCACCGUUCACAGUGAGGAGAAACCAUACACGUGUUCUGUGUGUGGACAAGACUUCAGCCGAUCAUCUGACCUGUUAGAACAUAAAUGCCAUCACAACAGGAUGAAACCAUGGAAAUGUGGGGAAUGUGGGAAGGAAUUCAAAACCCCAUCUCACCUGGAAAGUCAUUGGCGCACUCACACUGGGGAGAAACCGUUCAUCUGCUCCGAGUGUGGGAAGGGAUUCACUCGUUCAUCGUACCUGCUGAUACACCAGCGAGUUCACUCUGGGGAGAGGCCAUUCGCUUGCUCUAAGUGUGGGAAGGGAUUCAUUCAGUCAUCCAACCUGCGGUCACACCAGCGAGUUCACACUGAUGAGAGACCUUUUAAAUGUCCGGACUGUGGGAAGUGCUAUAAAGGUUCCAUGGAACUGAUGCGCCAUCAACGUGUUCACACUGACGAGAGACCAUUCAGGUGCUCUCACUGCGGGACUGGGUUCAGGUGGUUAUCUCAACUCACUGCACACAAGCACAGUCACACUGGGGAGAGGCCGUUCACCUGCUCUGUGUGUGGGAAGGGAUUCACUCAGUCUUCCAAACUGCUGAGACACCAACAUGGGCACAGUGAUGAGAGGCCGUUCACCUGCUCCAUGUGUGGGAAGGGAUUCACUCAGCAAUCCCAUCUGCUGACACACCAGCGAGUUCACGCAGAUGAGAGACCUUUUAAAUGCCCAGACUGUGGGAAGUGUCUUAAAAGCGUUCACACUGGGGAGGGGCCGUUCAGGUGCUCUCACUGCGGGACUGGGUUCAAGUGAUCAUCUCAACUCAUUGUACACCAGUGAAUUCACAUUGGGGAGUGGCUGUUCACCUGCCCUGAGUGUGGGAAGGGAUUCACUCCGUUAUCUAUCCUGCUAACACACUACCAGGUUCACACUGGAGGGGGGGGGAGGGCGACCAUUCAUCUGCCUUGAAUGUGGGAAGGGUUUUACCCAGUCAUCCAACCUGCUGACACACCAGCGAGUUCACACUGGGGAAAGACCAUUUACAUGCUCUGAAUGUGGGAAGGGGUUUGCUUAUUUAUCUACACUGCAGAGACACCAGCAAGUUCACAAGUAACGACAAUGGUUGUAUUUUGCUGUUAAUCACAUCCAGGACUGAAUUAUGUGUAUUGGGGUCUGUUUCUGAUGAUAAACUCCAGCCCAGUUACUUUGGCUGAUAUUGUAGAUAAAGGUCAAUUAA